UACCGACAGCGCACAACCGGGCUACACGCAUCAUCCCUCGCAGACCGUCAACAGGGUGAAUUUCCUUCGCUUCUUUCUUCGAAGACAAAGACUGACAAUAUGGAAAACAGGCCUACCGUCACAGAAUUCGAGGGAUUCGACAAGGACGAGGAUGUGCAAGUUCUUAGGAAAGCAAUGAAAGGACUUGGUACGGACGAGCAAGCUAUCUUGGAUAUUUUGUGUUACAGAACCAACGACCAGAGACAGGAGCUAGCUAACCACUACAAAGCAUCCUAUGGAAGGGACCUGAUCGAUGAUCUCAAGAGCGAGCUCAAAGGAGAUUUUGAGGACAUCAUCAUCGGUAUCAUGACGCCCCUUCCUCUCUUCGAUGCUACCUGCCUGAAGAAUGCAAUGUCGGGAGCAGGUACUGAUGAGAAGGUUCUUCUUGAAAUAUUGUGUGCUCGAUCUAACGCCCAAAUACAGCUUAUCAAGGCGGCUUACGUAAAAGCUGGAUACGGCGACGACCUGGAGAGUGACCUCGAGAGCGAGACAAGCGGUGACCUCAAACGUCUGCUGGUAGGACUGUGCACGGGAGCUCGUGACGAAUCAGAUGAGAUUGACGCUGAAAAGGUUGAAGCUGAUGCCCAAGCUCUCGUUGAGGCCGGGGAGGGUCAGCUCGGAACAGACGAAUCUGAAUUCCAGAGGAUUCUUGUUGCCAAGAGUAUUCGACACAUUAGAGCUGUGCUCAUCGCAUAUGCCGCUGCUGCUGGCAAGACUAUGAUCGAGUCUAUCAAAAGCGAGAUGUCGGGAGACCUCGAGCAAGGUUACCUUAACAUCGUGAACUACAUCAGGAACCCACAUGAGUAUUUCGCAGAGCUUCUCUACAAAGCGAUGAAGGGACUCGGUACAGAUGAACGCUGCCUCGGGAGGGUGAUUGCUACAAGGGCUGAGAUCGAUCUUGGUAGCAUCGCAGACGCCUUCCAAACGAUGUACGGUCAAACCCUGGUCGAGUUCAUCGAGGACGAUGUUUCUGGUGAUUUCAAGAGAGCAUUGAUCGCUCUGGCCAGCUAGAUCGCUGACCACACCCCCAUCAUCGUCUUGACCAUUAGAAUCAUCCUCUUCACCAUUAGAAGCCUUUACCAGAGUCCAGCAUCUUUACCCCAAUAGAAAAAAGAUGGACACUCCCAGAAAGCCUUAAUUUGUAAAUUAUAUUCUUAUAUGAAUACAUCGCUAAAAUAUGUACGUAGAUAAUAUGUGGUGUGUAUAGGCAUGUUUUGUGGGUGUGCUCGAGAUAAGGUCUGUGUUUCUGAAUAUUCAUGAAUUCUAUGGUAAUAAAUAUAAAUGCAUCACAUCCCUGUUCAGUGUCGACACUACGCAUAUCUCUGUUGGAUUCUUACUUGUAUAUAUAUUUUUAUCCAAAUGAAAAACUUUGUUAUUUUAUUGGACUCCUAUUGCGACUGAUAUCAGAAUGAUAAGAACUACAGCAUUUCCAAAAACGUUUAAUGAUUUUAUGUUCUCAAAUGACGUUGAAUUGAAAAGAAUUGGAUUGAAACCGUUUUCUACAUCUUCGCUCUUUUGCUCGCCACCCCCUCCCCUUUUCCCUUCUCAGUCUCGCCCUCUCUCUCUCUUUCUUCUUGUUCUAUUUAAAAUCAGUCUAUUCUUUUCCUACAUGUAUAUGAUUUCUAAGCCAUUUUCAUAUAGCCGUGUUCAUAUUGUUGUCUGAUCGUCCGUUUUGUCUUUUUUUAAUAACUCGAUGAUAAAACCGUGGAUAAUUCUAUUGUUCUAUUUCAUGUAGUCUGUUGUUUUCACAUAGGGGCUACCUUAGGCUAUUAUUUUUGAAAUAAUAAGAUAUGUCAUGUAUGCAUUGGUAUAAUUAACAAUAUAAAUGCAAUGAGGUAAUAUUGUGAUAACUUCUGUUAAUAAUUUAUUUCUAUGCCGUGUGAUAUAAUUUCACCCAAUGAGUAAAGAAAAAAUUUACGUUAAAGUUAUGAAUUUCGGUAACUAAAAUACGCUGAUUAAUGACUAAUUUGAGUUUGAAAAAGGAAUAAAAAAAGAAAG